UUGAAAUAUGCAACCGCAUUCAAGAUAAUGCACGACGAAGAAGGGGGUGCAAAUGAUUGGGUAGUGCAACAUACAACUAGAUCGAAUAAAAUUGUUUGGGGACAGCACCAAUUCAAAGUCACAGCUGAUGAAGAUGCAGGAAAGUAUACUUGUGAAUGCAAACAUUGGGAACAUACAGGGCUAUUCUGUGUACAUGUACUACGCGCGUUUAUGCAUCUUCAGAUUGACCGGAUACCGAAAGAAUAUAUUUUACAAAGAUACACCACCUCUGCAAGGCAAGAUGUUCCGUUUUCAAGAGAUGAUAGGAAUUUGAAGGGGAAGGAUGGAGAAACUAAGUCAUAUAGACAGAAGAUGUUGCUUAAAAAGGCAAUGAAAGUAGUGCAUCAUGCUAGUUUAUCCAAAGCAGGAAAUGAUAGAGCCCUAACAGUAAUGGAUGAGCUUCUCGAAGUACUUUCGCGUUUGGAAACAGAUAUAGACGUUGAGGAAACUUGUGGAACUAGUGGAGGAGAUGGUAUACAGGACGAUGAUGAAGCCAAUAGAGACAACGAAAAGGAUGAUGAAUUUGACGAAAGGAAUAACAAGGUUUGGAUCGUACUGUUGUUAAUGUUUAUUUGUAAAUGAUGUAUAAUGAUCUUUCAUCCAAAUUUUCAGGAAAU